AUGGAUGCUGCCAGUGAGACUUCAGAAGGAACCCCACUCACCCUACUAAGACUAACAACAAAUCCUGGACAGCAGCGGCCUCUCUUUGUCCUAUCUUUGGUCCUGUAUGUAGCGGGCAGCCUGGGUAAUGGACUCAUUGUGGCCGUCAUCCGAGCCAGUCCAACCCGUGCACCCAUGUACUUCCCGGUGGCCCAUCUGUCCUUUGCUGACCUCUGCUUUACCUCCGUCACUGUACCCGAGAUGUUGGCCAACCUGAUGGCCCGUGACCGCUCCAUCUCCCUGGCUGGCUGCCGGACCCAAAUGUACUUCUUCUUCGCCCUGGGUGUAACUGACAGCUGCCUCCUGGCUACCAUGGCCUCUGACCGCUACGUGGCCAUCCGGCACCCCCUCCACUAUGCCACGAGGACGUCCCGGGCUGUGUGCACAGCCCUGGUGGGGACUGUGUGGCUCGUGUGCCAUGUCCACUCCCUCCUGCAUAUCCUGCUGAUGGCCCACCUGUCCCUCUGUGCCUCCCACCAAGCGCCCCACUUCUUCUGUGACCACCAGCCUCUCUUAAGGCUCUCGUGCUCCGACACCCGCCACAUCCAGGUCCUCAUCUUCCCCGAGGGCGUGGUGGGCCUCUUCUACGGGACAGUCAUUGCAGUCUACUUCCAGCCCAUGGCCUGGUAUGAGGCCGAGCGGGGCCGAGUGGCCAGCGUCCUGUACACUGUUGUCACGUCUAUGCUGAACCCUGUCGUCUACAGCCUCCGGAAUCGCGAUGUGCAGGGGGCGCUCAGAGCCCUUUGCACUCGGCACAGGAUCUCAGCUGGUGACUCCUGA